AUGGAGAUUUCCUUGCAGAUCAAUGCCAAGAUAGAUAAAAUGGUUACACUUUGUUACAAACCAAAGUAUUCACAGAAGCAUUCUAAUCUCAAAUCUUUCUCAUGUCAAGCUAAAAGGUUGGCCAUGCAAAGUGGAGAAAUUAAAACCAACUUUUAUGAAGUUCUGUCUCUUGUUGGUUCUGAAAACGUGGGCUUUGAUGAAAUAAAUAAAGCAUACAGAAGCAUGGCUCUCCAAUACCAUCCUGAUGUUUGCCCUCUUGCAACAAAGGAAGAGUCCACCAAUCGAUUCGUUGAGCUAAGAAAGGCCUAUGAAACCCUUUCAGAUCCGAUUUCACGCAAGAGGUAUGACUAUGAAUUAGGCUUGGUUGACUCGUUUGCAUGCGGAUUUGGCAGUCUUUGUGUGGAAGAAAGAAGAGCAAAUUUCCCGAAGGAGGUGUGGGAGAGGCAGCUCAGUGGACUGGAAAAACGAUCUCGUGAUAGAGUAGAGAAGAAGAAAAAUGGAUGCAUGAAGAAAGAGAGCUAG